AUGGAGGUUCACCAUAGUGGUGAAUUUAGGGAGAAGCCAAACAAGGUUUACGUUGGAGGACAAAUGGAUUACAUAGAUGAAUAUGGUAUUAAGUUAGUGGAGAAUCAUCAGGUUGAUGGUGAUGUCUCAGUUGAUAAAGGGAAAAGGAUAUCAUCAGAGUGUGAUGAAUCAGACAAUGAAUACCAACCUAACUCUAAUUCUAGUAAGUAUGAUCUUUUUCUCUAUACAGCUUCAAGGUUCAACCAUUGGUUCACCAUCAAAUACCAAGGGCUAGGAAAUGAAUACCAAACUCUUGUACAGCGCCCAAUGCUCGCUUCGAAGAAGAAGUUGGUGGUACCAGAAGUUAUGGUGAUGGGAUCUAAAAUUAAGGAAUAUAUCAAUGAAAUUUGGUACCAAUUUGACCACAUUCUGAAAUGGUGUCAACAUGAUUCGCAAGUGCUAGUGUCUCAUGGUGUCAAAGAGACAUGUGAAAGAAGCUUGAGAAGAUUGGGUCAGCUACUUUCUUUUUUGGGAGGAUCAGGCGAAUUGGCCAAUGAUGCAUUGGAACUCAUACAGAAUGCGGGUGACCUAUUCGAUCGUUUGUCUGACUGA